GCGCCCUGCGUCGCUCCAGUCCGUCGUCAUUGUCGUCGUCGUCGUCGUCGUCGUUGUUGUCGUCGUUGGCCAGGGUCGUCCUCGCCUGUUAGGCUGAAUUAAGGAUGCCGUUCAUAUCCAAGGAUUGGCGCAGCCCAGGCGAGGAGUGGGUGAAGACGGUCGAGGGAUGGGAGAAGAAGAAGAUCCUCGAAUGCGCCAACAACAAAACCCUCUCGCUUCUCCUACGUGGCGAAAAAGAUACCGGCGAUAAGAAAGAGAAGGACAAGAAGAAAGAAAACGCCGUCCAACCACAUUGUCACAUCACACUGAAGUGUACACGCGAGAUCGCCGGUUUCAAUGGCCUGAGCGACGCCUUGAAGAGGCUGGAUUUCCUGUCCGCGGUGCACGACUGCCGUCGAUUCAAUUACAUAGUCCGUCUCCUGGAUCUCUUGGUCAGUCAUAGAAUGGGCGGUCUUAGCGGAUGCGCUCAAAGAGUGCUCUUCAAUAUGCUCGAGGAAGUUGCUUUAGAAGUGUCACUGUCGCAACAACAGACAGGAAGGCUGCGGCGUCUCAUAGAAAGAGUUCGAGCUUUUAGCGCUGGCUGCUGCUGGGGCGGCAGACCCUUGGGUUCCGUUAUCCUAUGGGAGAAACAUAAAGCAGCUUUGGAAAGAAUAUUGCAGAUCGCCUCGUCGAUCACUAUCACCCAGCCGGACGAAGAGCAGCAACCUCAAUGGUCGGAUCUACCGCCUGAGUGCCGUCGAGAGAUUCUCCUACGCUUGAGCGAUCCUCGAGACAUUGAAGCUUCUUCCGAAGCGUGCGAACACCUUGCCGUUCUAGCGCAGGAACAGCGAAUCUGGCGCGAACUUGCCCAAUAUCAUUUCACGCCACAGCAAAUUGCCACCACCAGACAGAAUAAUCCUGGGAAAGACUGGAAAACCAUAUUCACUGUCGCUCGGAGAUUGUUCGGAUUACGAGAGGAGUACGCCGAGAUGAUACAGUUAUGCCGUAAUUGCCGCUGCUUGUUCUGGCGGUCCCUGGGCCACCCCUGCAUCGCGGAUCAAGAUCCUGCGUUUCAAGAGAAACUGGCGGAUGUCGACCAAGCAUCUCUCCAUGUGCCGAUCCCUCCGCAGACCUUCCUGAAAUUUUUCUCACUGUGA